AUGCACGAAUCAUCCACAGGAUUACCUAUUAAUAUCAACAUAUCUACGAUUGGAUAUUGCAAUCCAACUUAUUCACCUCAAUUUCGCGUUGGCAAAUCAUGUCUUUCCAUCGAUUCACUUACCUCAUACACCGAGGAUAAUCUAUCUGUUAUCAGCAAUUCUGUCUACUGCGGAAGUAUUAUAGAUGGAAUUCAAUGGAUUUACUGGGGUUCCAAAAUUAUACAACACGAUAACAAAAGAUUCCGUUUGCGUAUAAUCGAGCAAUGCGGUUUUAUUGACGACCAUCUAUUCAAGUCAUUAGGACCCUCAUCAGAAUCUGAUAUAGAACGAUGUUUUGAAAGUAUGAUUCGCGUUGAUUCACCCAAAACGGCCUAUGUUUGCAAAGACCAAGUUGGAAAUGAGUGGAAUUACUAUCGUGAAAUUCUUGAGCCUGGAGAUUUCAUGGUGGAUGUUUUUAUAGAAGUGGUGGAUAGUACUCUCACUGGUAAAGCUGCUGUCUCACAACAAAAUUUUCUCAAAAAGGCACUUACAGAACUCCGAAAACGUAGAAUUCCCUUCGUUUUCGCCUCUUCGAAACGCGAUUGUGAAGUGUCUCCUGAGAAUAAGGAGUUUUUGAAGCAUCUGCUACAUAAAGUCUGCAAGUCGCUAAAGAAGACACGAUGUUGUAGGGUCGAAACUUCGGCCAGACUCAACAUCAAUGUUUAUCAAGCAUUUCUUUCUGCCGCAUUGCUGUGCACGCCCUCUUCCAGUGAGAUAAAUUGCAAGUAUUUUCCAUACCAUCCUCCUCUAAGUGUUGCUCAUCAAUCUUCUCUGAACCCUAAUUUACGUUUUCGAUAA